UUCUGGUGAGCAGUGUGAAGAUGUGGACGCUGGGUCUUCACGUGGUUGUCAUCUGUGUUUUCCUACAGGUGCCGGGUUGUUUUCCAUCUUGCCUCAUUAUUGGCUCUGUAGCCAACUGUGGCUCCAUGAACCUCCGCUGGGUUCCUCCUCUCCCUCCCCACAUCACCCACCUGUACCUGGAUUUGAACCACAUCAGUGAGAUCAACUCCACCUCCCUGACUGGCCUGGAGGAGCUGCAGGAGCUGGACCUUGGAGGACAGCGUGUCCGUCUUGUGAUCAGGAACAACGCCUUCAGCGGGCAAAGACGCCUGAGGAAGCUGGUGCUCGGCUUCAACGUCGGCCUUCAACUGGAGCCGCAGGCCUUCGCGGGACUGUCCGGUUUGCAGAAUCUCUACCUGGAUUACUGUUCGCUUCAUGAGUCCAUACUUCAGGAGAACUAUCUGGAGCCACUGUCCUCCUUAGAGACUCUUGACCUCUUUGGUAACCAGAUAAGGAGACUCCAGCCUUCAAUGUUCUUUGUGAACAUGACUAAAUUUACAGUUUUGAAUCUCAAGCUGAACAAUAUUGACAGAAUAUGUGAGUCUGAUCUGGUUGGUUUUCAGGGAAAGAACUUCAAGGUUCUGAACUUGGACUCUGUUCACCUUAACCUCAUGUCCGAUGAACAUUUUGACUGGCAGAAAUGUGGGAAUCCUUUCAGCGGAAUGUCCUUUCAGACACUCGACCUGUCCAGCAUUGGGUUUAAUGUGGGUCAUAUUAAGCAGCUUUUCAAAGCCAUUAAGGGGACUAAGAUCUCCCAUCUCAAACUGUCAGGACACAUAGGUAAAGGAUUUUCAUUCAAUAAUCUCCCUGAUCCAGACCGCAGUAUGUUUGAGGGUCUGAAUGACAGUUCAGUCCACACUUUGGAUCUGUCUAAAAACAGGAUAUUUGCAUUGCAACAGGGUUUUUUUAGUCUGCUGAAAGACGUCGCAAUCAUUGAUGUUUCCCAGAACAAAGUGAAUCAGAUCCACAGAAAUGCCUUUGAAGGUCUUCAGGGACAUUUACAAACACUCAACCUGUCACACAACCUGCUCGGGGAAAUCCGUUCUUACACUUUUGCUUCUCUGAUAAACCUGCGAGUGUUAGACCUGUCUUACAAUCACAUUGGUGUUCUGGGUGUCGGCUCAUUUAGUGGACUUCCCAAAUUAAAAGCUUUGUAUCUAACAGGAAACUCUUUGCAAAACAUUGGCUUCCCUGCAUCUCUCCCAAGCUUAGAUUAUCUCCUGUUGAAUGACAAUAAGCUCUCGUCAGUGAGCGGACUCACAACCUUUGCACAUAUUACACAUCUGAACAUUCAGGACAACAGAUUAACAAACCUGGGGGAUUUGUACACCAUUUUGUUUCUACUGGGACACCUCCAGCAUCUCUCCUAUGGAGGAAACGCAGUCAGGCGGUGCUGGCUCAGUGGACAACCUUCCAAACUUGGUUUGAAUAAUGUCCAAACUCUGGAUCUUCACAGCUGCUCCCUGCAGUCUGUCUGGUCUCAGGGGAGAUGCCUGAAUCUGUUUGACAAUCUUGGACAUGUGAUUAGUCUCAACUUGAGCUUUAACGCGCUGAAGUCUCUUCCUCCGGGAAUUUUCAAGAGCCUCACCUCAGUAGUGGAAAUGGAUCUCUCAUCCAACAGCUUGACGUACCUUCAGCCUGAUGUAUUACCCAAAUGUCUCAAAGUACUCAACCUCUCCAACAACUUCAUAGGCUCCCCCGACCCCAGCGCUUUUCGCUCUCUCAGCGCCCUCGACCUGAAAAUGAACCGAUUUCACUGCAAUUCAUACCUGAAGAGCUUCCUGACUUGGCUGAACAAGACCAACGUGACCUUCCUGAGUCCUGUUGAGGAGCUCAGAUGUGAAUUUCCCCCUGCUUUCUAUAAUGUUCCUCUUGUUAGAUUUGUAGCACACUAG